AUGAAAUGUUUUAUGCCUCAGGACGUAACAGGUGUAGACCCACCACGGACAAAAGAGCCAACUUUUACUGCGGCAGAGGAGGACUACAUUUGGGGGACUCUGGAGAUGCAUAUCAAUGGUGUUCGAGAAGUACGACGCCAUGGUGAUAGGAACGGCGAUGAUGAGGAUGAGGAAGAGAUAGAGCACACACCAGAUUGGUCUGUGCAGGACAUUUACCAUGGACUUACGCCCAAGUCCAUUGCUCAGAGUUGGAAAGUUGGCUUCAAGACAACAACAAGGAUAGCUACAUAUAUGGCAAGGCGCUUCGUCAAGGCCAUAGAAGAAUUCGGUCGUAAAGAAAUCUGGAACAAACGGUGUAAAGUCACCGUUGAAUGGGAAAAGGCUCAUGGAAUCACUGCUAUGAGCAAACGCGCUAGAGGACGCAACUGUGUUGGGGAGCACAGACGUAGUAGCAAUGUCCCUUCCCUCAGACAAAGACAGAAACUGAAUGUGAAAGAGAUUUACAAGAUCGCGGAUAACCGAGUCCAGGACAGUUACCUUGGGAAAACCAAACUGGACGUGAUGGAGCGGCUAGAACAGGACCAGCCGUUACAUCACAGAUUGGAAAGAGAUUGGAAGGCGACUCUGCACAUUAUCCACGACGGUAACACCCCAAGAGGGCUAUUCACCAGUCCAACUGACUGCCAACGACGAGCUUACAGGAUCAAGAAGUUACAUGGUAUGCUCCCAACGCUUGCUUACAUGAAGCAGCAGAGACCAGAUCUCUAUGACACAGACAUCUGCAGAAUGUGUGAAUUGGAAAGAGAGGACACAGAGCACCUUUGGAAGUGCCCUAUCACAGACGACAAACAGUUGGAAGGGUGGACAAGAGCGAUUGAGAAUAUCAAUUGCGACGGACAAAGGGGCCUAGCGAAGGAGAGGAAACUUUGGGAGGACAAGUUGCGUCGGGCACAGGCACCAGGACAGAAACAGGUUGGCAAGGGACCUACGUUCAUGCCAGCAAACGAAGAGGCGGGCGAAUUGUGUUACGACGACGGAGAGGAUGAAGAUGGCGACGGCGAGAGAGCCAUCAGGACAGUCCAAGACCUUUACCAUGGAUUGGUACCGAAAGACAUGGUCAAGAAUUGGAAAGAUACUUUCAAGACAACCGCAUCCAUUGCAAAAUAUGUGGUUUGCAGAUUCAUCAAAGCUAUCGAGGAAAUCGGAAGGACCGAGAUCUGGAACAGACGGUAUAAAGUCACCGUCGACUGGGAAAGAACUGAAGGCAUCACCUCUGUGAACAAACGCGCCAGGGGACGCACCUGUGUUGGGCAGCACAGACGUAGCAGAGGUGAUUUCUUAGGGCCUACCCUGAGACAACGACGAACAGCUGACGUGAAAGCGAUUAGGACGGAAGUUGACCAAAGAGUAGCAGGGAGCUAUCGGCAACAAUUAGAACUGACAGUAAUGGAGCGGCUGGGAGGGUGUCGCUUUUUGAUGAUUGAGGACUGCGGCUAG